AUGCCCUAUAAAGCUGAGGUUGAAAUAAAAUCUCAAAUAUGUCAUGGAGUUUCUCAAUAUGGUCAAUGUUCGACAAAUGGUGCAUGUGGCUGUUUCCAUAUGGCAGGUGCUGUUGAUACUGGCAUUUGUACUUUUCAAUUAGUUGAUUGUUCUGAGCUACGUCCAUGCACAAAUAAUCGUUGUGAUGAACCUGAUCAUAUAUGUGUCCAUCAUCCUCAAUGUCAUCAACUUCCUGUUUGUUAUCCAGUGCCAAGUUACAAUAAAAAACUCUGUCCAUCGAUAUCACUACCACUACGAGCAUCUGGUAUUGAUAUUGCAUCGAAUGCAAAAUGGAUACAAAAUGGUCUAACUGUGGCUGGAGGAAAUGGAAUGGGAAUUGAACUUAAUCAACUCACUAGUCCCUUUGGUUUAUAUAUUAAUGAUAAUCAAACAAUGUAUUUCGCUGAUUUUACUAAUCAUCGUAUUGUGGAAUGGCAAUAUGGUACAACGCGUGGAAAAGUAGUUGCUGGUGGAAAUGGAAAAGGAAGUGGACCUAAUCACCCAUGGAGUAAAAUAUUCAAAGAAACGGACUGCGUAACGCGUUUCUGA